GCCAAUUAUAAAACAGAAAAAGGUUAAAAACCUUGGCUCUUUUAGAGAGAGAGAGCUAACCAGCUGGUGCGGCUCCAAGAGAUCGAGAUCGAGAUCGGGAUUCACACGCAGAGGGGGGAGAGAGCCAUGGUGAUGGGAUCUCGGCUUCUCCAGUGUUGCUUCUUGUGCUGCCACUCCGACAACUGCUUCUACUUUCCCUGAUAAUUUUCUCGGCUUCCAUAUAAGAGCUACAUUUUCACUCCCAGGACUUUGAAAUCUUUAGGUCAGCAUAUUGGAUUCGGUGGUCGUUUUGUGCCUUAUUCUGGGUUUUCUCGAAAAAAUUAAAUGGGUUCAAGAUACCCGUCUCACCAGCUCAGCAAUGGCCUAUUUGUUUCUGGUCGGCCGGAGCAGCCCAAAGAAAGGACUCCAACAAUGAGCUCAGUAGCCAUGCCCUACACGGGUGGUGAUAUCAAGAAAUCAGGGGAAUUGGGGAAGAUGUUUGAUAUGUCAGCAGAUGGGACUAAAUCAAGGAAGUCUGGCCCCAUACCUGGUGCUCCCUCAAGGAGUGGCUCAUUUGUAGGGGUUACACAGUCUGGUUUGAAUGUGCCUAAUGCCACUGGUCGUCUGUCUGGCUCGUUAGGUUCUGCUGGGCCAGCUUCAAUGAAGAAAACAAACUCUGGACCUUUAUCCAAACAUGGGGAGCCUUUAAAGAAAUCAUCCGGCCCACAAUCUGGUGGUGUAACACGGCAAAAUUCUGGCCCUAUACCUGUGCUUCCAGCCACAGGUCUCAUAACAUCUGGGCCCGUUACAUCUGGUCCUCUGAAUUCCUCUGGGGCACCUAGGAAGGUUUCUGGUCCGUUAGAUUUUACUGGCUCGAUGAAGACACAUAUGUCUUCCGUUGUACACAACCAGGCGGUAACGACCCUUGGCCCAGAAGAUGACUUUUCUUGUAUGAAGAGCUUCCCAAAGCCCGUGCUGUGGUUGGUUGUUCUUAUAUUUGUAAUGGGGUUCCUUGCUGGUGGCUUUAUUCUUGGAGCAGUCCACAAUCCAAUCCUCCUCAUUGUUGUGGCUGUCUUGUUCAUGGUGGUUGCCACACUUUUCAUUUGGAAUAUUUGUUUGGGGAGACGUGGUAUCACAGACUUCGUUUCUCGUUAUCCUGAUGUUGAUCUUAGAACUGCCAAAAAUGGUCAAUACGUGAAGGUCACUGGGGUGGUCACCUGUGGUAACGUGCCGCUUGAAUCAUCCUUCCAUAGAGUUCCCAGAUGUGUGUACACGUCUACCUGUCUGUACGAAUACCGUGGAUGGGGUUCAAAGCCAGCUAAUUCUACACAUCGCCGUUUCACCUGGGGACUGAGAUCAGCUGAGAGACAUGUUGUGGAUUUCUACAUCUCUGAUUUCCAAUCGGGUCUGAGAGCAUUGGUCAAAACUGGGAAUGGUGCCAAGGUCACUCCUCUUGUCAAUGAUUCUGUUGUCAUCGACUUUAAGCCUGGAAGCGAACAAACCUCCCCUGACUUUGUUCGGUGGUUGGGCCAGAAGAAUCUGUCUAGUGACGAUCGAACAAUGCGGCUUAAAGAAGGGUAUAUGAAAGAAGGAAGUACAGUGAGUGUAAUGGGGGUUGUGCAGAGAAACGAUAAUGUGCUGAUGAUAGUGCCACCGGCUGAGCCACUGGCAGCGGGUUGGCAAUGGAGGAGGUGCACAUUCCCAGCUAGCCUGGACGGGAUUGUAUUGAGAUGUGAAGACUCAUCUAACGUGGAUGCCGUACCCGUGUAGUAGUUCUUUCUCUUCGUCCAGUUGGCAGGUGAAAUCAUCCAAACACUCUCUUGGGCUCGGUUUCAUGGCAUUUUUCUUUGAAUCCGGGGAAUGUUCCUUGGUGGGUUUUGCUUUGCUCUUACCUCUUGGUGAUGGUGAUGGUGAUGGUAAAGUUAGUGAGUUUAGGAUGAUGGAUGUGGGUUUCUUCUAAAGAUGAGUUCUUGUCUCUCUCUCUCUCUCUCUGUGUUUUUUGGUUUGUGUAUAGCAGAGCUCUUCAAGGCAUUCUUUAUUCUCCGACAGAAACUUGUGUCUUCUUCUCUCUAAAGGGUGUUUUUUUCUUUUGUGAAAACGAAGAAACUCUCUUUGUGUGUUCUUUCCAAACAUAUCUUGUUAUACGGUUUGUUUUGUGCUCAUUUAUUUUAAGUGUU